UCUUUUCGUGUCAGUCGCACGUCAGUCGGUGCAGUGUCAGUCGGCUCGAGUGUUUUGAUAGUUAGUGUUAUUUAAGAUUUUCAGUCCUUAAAGUGAAUUUAAAAUGUGGUGAACAAUGUUGUGAAUCUGAAUAAACUGUGAUAAUAAAAAAUGCCACCAACAGUGCAAACUAACGAGCCCGACAGGGACAAACGUCCGCAACGUACAGGCGAAAGGAGAUCUGAGCUUGUUACACGCGUUAAGUACUGCAAUACUCUUCCGGAUAUUCCGUUUGACUUGAAGUUCAUUACCUAUCCGUUUCCCUCCACUCGCUUCAUACAAUACAAUCCCACGUCUUUGGAAAAAAGUUAUCGUUAUGAGGUGUUGACAGAGCAUGAUCUAGGCGUGCAUAUAGAUUUGAUAAACCGGGAGAUCUAUCAAGGAGAUGGAAAUGCUCAGUUAGACCCGGCAGACGAGAAGUUGUUGGAAGAUGACGUACUUACGCCGCAAGACUCAAAGCGGUCGCGUCACCACGCUAAGAAUGUGUCGUGGCUUCGCCGGUCCGAAUAUAUCUCCACUGAACAGACUAGAUUCCAGCCCCAGUCUAUGGAAAAGGUUGAAGCUAAAGUCGGCUACAAUGUCAAGAAGAUAUUCAGUGAAGAAACCUUGUAUAUGGACCGCGAGAGUCAGAUUAAGGCUAUCGAAAAAACAUUUGAGGACAACAAGAAACCAAUUGAGAAGCACUACAGUAAACCAGGAGUUACACCUGUGGAAAUUAUGCCAUUGUACCCUGACUUUGACAUGUGGAAGUACCCGUGCGCUCAGGUCAUAUUUGAUUCAGACCCGGCACCUGCUGAUAAGAACAUUGCGGGACAAAUUGAGGCCAUGUCUCAGGCUAUGAUUAGAGGUGUGAUGGAUGAGAGUGGAGAGCAGUUCGUAGCUUAUUGCUUACCAACCGAGGAGACCAUACAAAAACGACGACGCGACAUCGCUGAAGGCAUACCUUACAUGGACGAAGAUACAUAUGAAUACAAAAUGGCCAGGGAGUACAACUGGAAUGUCAAGAGUAAAGCGUCAAAGGGCUACGAAGAGAAUUACUUCUUGGUGGUCCGCAACCACGCGGUGUACUACAACGAGCUGGAGACGCGCGUGCGGCUGUCGAAGCGGCGCGCGCGCGCCGGCGUGUCCGCGCAGGCGCUCACCCGCCUCGUGGUCACGCACCGCCCGCUCAACGCCGCCGAGCACCGCAUACUGCGCCUGCGGGAGAAACAACUCGAGCCGCCACAGGAUGAGGAUGAAGAAGAAGAAGAUGAUGACGAGGAGGAGGAGGAAGAAGAUAAACAAGAGCAGACAGAGGAGAAAGAGAGAUCUCGAUCGCGUUCGAAGUCAGGAUCUAAGUCGCCGCAGUCGCGACGCUCGCGGUCCAAGUCGGCCUCCAGGAGCCGAAGUCGGUCGAGAUCCAGGUCCAGAUCUCAAUCUGGAUCAAGAAAGUCCAGGUCCAGAUCUCGAUCUGGAUCUAGGAAGUCACGGUCCAGGUCCAGGUCCAGGUCCCGGUCUGGAUCAAGGAAGUCGCGGUCCAGAUCUCGAUCCGGAUCUAGGAAGUCGCGGUCAAGAUCUGGAUCAGCUCAGUCUGCCAGAUCAGGAUCAGCGCGGUCUCGAUCCCGCUCAGGGUCAAGGGCGUCGUCUCGCGCCUCCUCUAAGAGCGGGAGGGGUUCGCGAGCCAGUUCCGCUAGCCGCGCCUCCAGAGCCAGCGAUAAGGGGAGCGCUAAGGGUUCCAAACGUAGCUCCCGCGCCAGUUCCCGCGCGUCCCGGGCGAGCAAGCGGUCAUCGCGGGCGUCUUCUCGGGCCUCCUCCAAAGCCUCCGGGUCGAAGGCGUCCUCCCGGGCUAGUUCUAGGAACUCCGGCUCUGGUUCUGGCUCCGAUAGGUCUAGGAGUCGUUCGCGUAGCGGUUCCGGAAAGGGCUCCCGUAGCGGGUCGGCGUCGAGUGCGUCGUCCAAACACAGUGGCUCCGACUAACACGCUAUAUCUACCGAAAUUGUGUAAUUAUUUUAAUUAAAUUAUAGUGAUAA